ACACGGUUCGCUUCUGUCAAAAACGUCAACAAACUGUCAUUGCAAAAUAUCUGUCAUCGUUUGUAAACGAAAAAACGAAAAGUUAUUACUUAGAAGGGUUAUUUAUCCGUUUCUUUUUCCUACAUACUAUAUUCCUGUAGCCGACGAAAAAAAAAUGGCUCGCCGGUAUGAUACGAGAACGACGAUAUUCUCACCCGAAGGGAGAUUGUACCAAGUCGAGUACGCCAUGGAGGCCAUAUCCCAUGCCGGAACGUGUUUAGGCAUCCUGGCUAACGACGGAAUCCUUCUUGCCGCCGAAAGACGGAACACCAACAAGUUGCUGGACGAAGUUUUCAUUUCGGAGAAAAUAUACAAACUAAACGAGGAUAUGGUUUGCAGCGUGGCGGGAAUUACGUCGGACGCUAAUGUUCUAACUAACGAAUUGCGUUUGAUCGGGCAAAGGUAUUUGUAUCAGUAUGGAGAGUCGAUCCCAUGCGAGCAGUUGGUUUCGUGGUUGUGCGAUGUUAAGCAAGCUUAUACUCAAUACGGAGGUAAGAGGCCUUUCGGUGUAUCGAUCUUGUACAUGGGCUGGGACAAGCAUUACGGUUAUCAAUUGUACCAGUCCGAUCCGAGUGGAAAUUAUUCCGGUUGGAAAGCGACUUGCAUAGGAAAUAAUAGUUCCGCUGCUAUUUCGAGUUUGAAGCAGGAAUACAAAGAAGGCGAUAUGACCUUAAAAGAUGCGAAAGGUUUGGCUGUGAAAGUUCUGGCGAAAACUUUGGAUAUGGCUAAAUUGACGUCGGAAAAAGUGGAAAUGGCUACACUGACGCGUAGAAACGAUAAAACCAUCAUAAAUAUAUUAAAUAGCAAAGAAGUGGAAGAACUUAUUUCCGAGUACGAAAAAUCCGAAGCGGCCGCCGAAGCUACCAAGAAACAAGAACAAAAAUCCGCCGCUUAAAUUGCGAAUUUUCUUUAAGUUAAAAUAGGUUUCGUAAUCUUGUGUAAAACGGUUUAAAUUUUUAAUAAAUAAUAUUCAACUAAUAAUUCUUAUUUAUUAGAAGGCGUACUAAAUAACUAACAGAUUUUUAACAAAAUAAAUAUCUAAGCUUCACUGGGUAAAUCGUAACAAACAUGAUGUGUACAAUGAUAUGAAUGUUUUUAUUUUAAUUGCCAUUACAAUUCGCAGACCUUUGCGCAAAAAAUAUCGUAACUUAUUACAAAUUGUAUAUUGUGUAAUUGUUAGAAAAGUACAUUAGAAUUUUCUUUUCUAAUAUUUGGAGUAUUUGUGCAAAAAUGAAGUUGGCAAAGGAUAUUUAUACGGUGUUAAUUUGUACUGAAAUCGUAAUCCUAGUUAUAGGUUAUAUUCAUAAAAAAAUUAAAUCUCAAUCAUAUGAACAUACAUAUGUCUUAAUUGUAAAUAAGUACCUAAAUCAUGUGCAUUUACAGUAAAACGUAUACAAUACUGAAUUUCCUAAAUUUACAUCGAACAAUCUGCGUUAAUAUCUUAUCAGUCUAUGGUUUCGUUUUUAUUAAUGUCAUUUACAUAAAAAUUAAAAAGAAGACGCGCUUGUUACUUUUUUUUAUCUACAACAUACAUUCAACACAUUUUUUCUUUCCAUUAAACUUAUUUAUGUUAUAGGAUAUUCACUAAAGUAAUUCUCAUGCAUUUAAAAGUAGUGCAAACACCGGUACAAUUUAUACAGUAUGUAUGAAAAAGUUGGCAACACAUGGGAAACAUACUGUAUAUACUGUAUAUUUUUUAUAUCUAACAUUGGAAGGAUUACGAAGAAGCUUAUUUCUCCGCGUGAUUGUCGCAAAUAAACAAUAAAAUUGGUCAAGAUUAAUACAAUGCAUAUUAUGUAAACACUUGAAUUUUUUCGAUAGAUAUGUAUUUGAUAAAUAAUAAACUGUCGCGUCGUUAAUUAAAUAAUUCAAAAACAAAACAACUAGUCACAUCAUAGUACAUGUUAUAAAUACAGGGUGUUUCAUUGAGAAAGGGCAAUAGUUUAACCCUAUACAGGGUGACAGGGAUGACAAAAUCCAUGUCCGGCUUUAGAAAUGAAACACCCUGUAUAUCGGGAAUAUCAUUCCAAGUAUUUCGUUUUCAUCGUUCUAAUAGAACAAUAUUAUAAUGCAUAGUACAAAAAGCAUAGAAAUAUUUACAUGCAUAAUCGUCUAUAUUUAUACUUCAUCCAUCCAACCAAAAACUAAAACAAGGUUAGACGCUGGAUCAUCAAGCACAUUUGCAUCUAUUGGGUAAAAUAAAAAAGCCUCCUUACGUUGGCCAAUCACUGGAGAUCACGCGUUGAUCCAGCGUCUAACUUUGUUUUGGUUACUCCAUUGAUUGGACGGAUGAAGUGUAGUUAGUUAACAUUUAAGGACCUUUUAAAAGAAGAAAGAUCAACGAUGAUCGGCAGGAGGCGGCGGUUGAUUGAUCCUUCCCGGAAUGUCCUGAUUCAAUUGAGAAGCCGUCACGCUGCGCGUUUGUAACGUAGAAGUAGCAGGAGGCUCGUCCAAUAAUUGCCUCAAACGUUGCAAUUGGGCCUCUAAUUGUCUGUUGUGAUCUUCCAGAAUUUGCAUUCGAGCUUCU